AUGUCGGCUAGGCCAGUGUGGUCGACCGAUGACCUGGUGUCACUCCUUGCAUGGCUUGACUUUUCUAUACAUCAAGGAAUCAAUUUCGCAGAUACUAUUGAGAAACAUUUGGCGAUCUCGAAAAAUAUUUCACAAAGCGAUGACUAUCCUUUCACCAAAUUGCAAAUACAAAACAAACUUUUGGGUUGUAUUCGUGGGCAAUCGGUAAAGCUUGCUACUCUCCUCAAAGUAGGAUCGUCAUGUAUCCUUAGGCUUGAUGAAGCCACCAGACACGAAAUCAAUACCACAGUCCAACGAUACACGGAUAACCCCAGCUUCACCCAGCAAUCAGCGUUUGCCAUCUCCUCAGCACGAGGUUCGGCGGUGGCCCAUUUCCGCGAAGCAUGUCAGACAGGAUCUUCACCGAAGAGCGCUAUAGGUGCCGCAGAACUGUCAUCAUCAGCGGUCUCAAGGCGACAUGACGCUCCCUUGUGCUCGAACGAAGACCAUAAUCAACUUCGUGAACAGCACUGUCGAGAGAUUGACUUGAUCCGAAAGGAGUGGCAGAGAGAGUCAUCCGACUACCUUCGACGCGAGAAACAACUCAGACAACGAGAAACAGAGUUAUCUGCGAAGAUUAUCCACCUCGAGAUGGCGCGAGAUAGCAGGAUGGCUCUCAACAAAGACCCCUUGGAAUAUCAGCUAUACUUGAAAGACAAGCAAAUCUGGGACAGCGACCAGAGAAUCAGGAAAAUGCAGGAGCAGAUGCGCUUCACAUCCAAAAACGCCUCUCCAACGAUAUUCACAGAUCUAUCUAUGCUGGUAGAUCGUUCGAUGAAGAUGUUCGAAGCAGAGCUGGGCUCAAUUUUACAUGGUCAUCAUAUUGCGAAUGGUCUUCAGUUACCGACGCAACAGUCCCGUGAACUGUACAACUUGGUACAAUCCGUCCACGGCUGUACUGAUGAACGACGUAGUGAAGGUCAACGGCUUCGUACAUGGAUUCUGAAGUUCGAGCCGGAAGCUGUAAUCAAAACACUUACGCUUGCCGCUCUACGAGAGUGGGUUUUUCAUUCUGGACUUCUCGCGUAUGUGGAUAAGGAUUCUCAACUCCUUCACGCUUACCGUGAUGCUAUUAUGGUCCAAGAUGGUUGGCGAAGUCUUCGCAAUCUAGAAAUAACGGCAUACAGUUCUCUGAUUGAGUCCCAUGAAUUCCAACAAGUCUUCAUUCCGAAACGAUCUGCUGAGUUUGCUUCUCGUUUGACAGCAACAUUAGCCAUUCUGUUCCCAUCCUCACACUAUGAAGCACCAAAUCGCUCAUUCGAAUCUUGGGGCGAUACUCAGGAAGUCUGCGACCAUCGACACUCCCGGUUGAUCGACAUAUUCCAGACUGCUUUGAAACUCAAAGCAGCCACGGUCACCGUCGAUCGUGAUUACGAAUUCAUUGUCUAUCCACCUAGGACCUCACUUCCACUUAACCAUAUCUCUCAGAAAGAGUUAACUUGGCUUCAAGCAUCGAUGCGCACUUAUGAGUUGCGAGCGUCUGGGCCAUCGGGGCAGCUGAUGGAUGCCCUUGUUCGUCCCGAAAACUUUGUGGUCGAGACCGGCACCGCUCCGACACGCCCUGUGAUACACGAAAGCAUCAUAUCAUCGUCUGAAGCUGAUGUAGCCGGAAUUUCGCCCGGUAGAGCAAAUCACAGAGCCACCGCUUCCCGUAACACGGCUGUUCAUUCGCAAGAAGCUCAGAGGAAGCAUCCAGGGGCAAAUGUUCGCAGCGCCACAUCCCCGUCUGUGCCACCGGGUGGCAUGGUUAUGGACAGCAUAGAUCAUGAAAUAUCCAGCUCAAGCACUGCGUCGGAUAGGGAACUUGAAGCUACUUCGUUCCGAGAACUGACUACGUGGAAAAUCCCAACAUGCGAUAUCUGCAAAGCAACUUUCUCAAAACUGUCCAAUCUGCAGUCACACCAAGAGAAUAGACUUGCAAUCUGUGCCCUGAAAUUUGUCAAAAUUUAUCUGAGCUUCGCCGCCAUCAUAAUGCCAAGCAUUUUGCAACUCAUUUUUCCGGCAGCCGCCGUGAGCGAUCCGGAUCCACACAACAAAUGUUACCUCCUGGACAAAUAUUUCAAUGAACCCUUUGCGGCAAAAUAUACUUCUACGAAAAGCCUUUCCAGACACAUGUCAACAACAAAUCUUGCAUUUGGUGCAAGCAUUGUGAAGAGUGGUUCGAAGAUCGUUAGCUUUAUGAUAAACAUUGCGCAAAAAACCAUUUAG